GCUUCCGGGAAGAUUUUCCGUCCGUCCGGCUCUGCGGACUCAAGGAGAGAAAGGAAAAUACGUUCCUCAGUGUAACCACACUUGGGACCUUUAAAGAUUCAUAAAUAUUUGUAUACAGGUCCACAUCCGCCUCCCCAUGCAGAACUCCAUGAAAUGAAUAAAGCACCACAGCCUAUAACAGGACCCCCCUCCAACCCCCACCCUGCCCCCUCCCCUGGCCUUUCACAGCCCUCAUUCCCCCCUGGGCAGCCCCCUUCUGUUGUGUUUGCCACCCCGCCUCCACAAAUGAACCCAACACCACAGGCCCGACAGUUUGCCCCAGGGCCCAGGCCAAUACACCAACAGGGAAGCUUCAGGUCACUACAGCCCUAUUACGCCAACAGGGCCAGCCUGCCUCCCAGCAGUGGGCCUCGGGGCGUCCCUCCCAGCAGCGGCCCGCGGCCUGUGACGCCCACCCACGUCUACCAGCCGGGCCCUGGCUCCCAAAUGAUGAUGAUCCCCGGGCAACAAUUGCCCUUCCCCAGCUCACCACAGGGACCUGCCUACUUCAUACCGGGACAGUACCGGUCGGCAACCUACGUGGCCACGCCCCAGCAAUACCCAGUCCCAGCAGGCACCCCAGGCUUCUACCCAGGCACCAGCCCCGCUGAAUAUGGUACUUAUGCAGGGGCCUACUACCCCGCCCAGCCUCAGUUCACCCCCUCGGUGCAGGCGGCACCCGUCAUUAUGAACCCAGCCCCUCAACAGCAGCAACCACCACCUCAGCCUCCACAGCACAUCCACACCAAGCGCGAACGGAAACAGAUCAGAAUAAGAGACCCUAACCAAGGAGGUCGAGAUAUUACAGAGGAGAUUAUGUCAGGGGGCCGCAGUGGCUCUACCCCAACCCCACCACAGUCAGCCAUAUCGGGAUCAGAAAGUACAGCUGUAGUCCAGGCCAACGGUGAGAGCGUCACAGCUGCUGCUACAUCAGCAGUGGUUAGACCAGAUGACAGAGGGAAACCUACGCCCCCUCCUCUGUCAAAGACCCCUGAACUUGCAAAGGGUGACCACAUCCCCACAGAGGCAACCUCCUCUGACACGAACACUAAGCCCCCCACACCCCCACUACUAUCAGAAGCAGAGGACAUCCCUCUCAACACUAGCCCCACUCCUGCACCCAGCGCUCCUGUUGCAGAUGUGAUGGAUGCUCCUCCACCUCCAAGGGAACCCACCCCGUCCCUCCCGUCAGCGCCUGAGGUGCCUGCCUACCCCGCACCUCUCCCUGACCCUGUCCCCACAUCUGCUGCACAAGACAAAACAGACAAGAAAUUCACAGAGGCAAAGGAGGAGGAGGAGGUGAAAGAGGAAGAGGCUGAAGCAGAAGAGGCAGCUGCCUCUUUGGACACGCCCCUUGCACCUCCCUCCACCACUAACGGUGUGGCAGAGGUGGAGCCAGAAAGGCUGUCGGUCCACUUGCCACCCAGUCACCUGGAGGCUCCCCUGGAGUCUCCCAUUGCACAGCCAGAGGAGCUCUGCCUCCCCAACGGCCUGCCGCUGCCAGCCCCUCAAGACCCCGAGGUGCCCGUCGCCUGUGCAACUGAGCGUGACGACAGCCCCAUCGCUGAGCCUGAGAUCAGCGAGCAGCAGGUCAUACAGACCUGCACAGCCAUCGCUCAGGCAGCGCCUACACCUGUUGUCCAAGCCACACCGGCACCUGUAGAUCAGCCUGCUCCUGCUCCUGCUCCUGCUCCUGCUCCUUCUCCUGCACCCACUGUUCAGGAGAUUCCUGCUGAUCCAGUUGUCCAGGCAGCACCUGCCCAGCCUGAAGUACAGGACCCAGUUCCUCCAGUCGCCCUGGAUGUUAAAGAAGAUACCCCAGUGCCCCAGUCCACCGCCAAGGAAGAGAAGCCAUCUCCUGUAGAGACGGUUUCCAUACCUGACAGCGCCCCAGAAACAGUGCCCACUCCUCCCCCUCCCACAGCAGAGGAGAGGGAGGACACCCCUCCUCCCCAGACGGUUACCCCUGCCCUUGUAGAAACUACUAUGCAAGCCGCUGUGUCUGUGCCAAAGAAAAAGAGGAAGAUGAAGGAUCUGAACAAAAAGGAGGCUGUAGGAGACCUCCUGGAUGCCUUUAAAGAGGAGCAAGUCGUGACUCCCCCGGAGCCUGAGCCGGCCCCGGCCCCUGCGCCAGAGACCCAGCCCCCUGCUGCUUCUCCUCCUGCCCCAGAGGAGGCGGACCUGACCUGGGAGGACAAGGAGGACAAGCUGGAUGCUGAGAACAUUCAGCCAGAUCCCAAGUCGACUGACACUGACAAGAAGUACCAAUACAAAGAGGAACAAUGGAAGCCGAUCAACACAGAGGAGAAGAAACAAUACGACAGAGAGUUUCUUCUGGGCUUCCAGUUCAUCUCAGCCAGUAUGAACAAGCCUGAGGGUCUGCCAGCCAUCAGUGAUGUUGUCCUGGACAAGGCUAAUAAGACCCCUCUGCGUCAACUGGACCCCAGUCGUCUAACAGGAAUGAACUGUGGCCCUGACUUUACACCCUCCUUCGCCAACCUCGGCAGGCCUGGCAUGGGAGGAGGCGGCAGAGGACCGCCUCCAGGUAUGGGCAUGGGCGUUGGCGGUCAACGUCGCUCUCAGCAAAUGCAGAGGAAAGAGCCGAGGAAAAUCAUCACCAGCAUGUCACUCAGCGAUGACGUGCAGCUGAACAAAGCAGAGAAGGCUUGGAAACCUUCAACGAAAAAGGCUCGCUCUCGCGGAGCAGAGGAGGAGGACAACGAUGCAGAGAACCUUAAGACCCAGGAUCUGUUUAAACGGGUUCGCAGUAUCCUCAACAAACUGACCCCCCAAAAGUUUCAACAGCUAAUGAAACAGGUGACGGAACUGACUAUUGACACUGAGGAGAGAUUGAAAGGAGUCAUUGAUCUUACUUUCGAAAAGGCCAUCUCCGAGCCAGACUUUUCGGUGGCCUAUGCCAACAUGUGCCGCUGCCUUAUGGGGCUUAAAGUCCAAACCACAGAUAAGCCGGGAGCCACUGUGAAUUUCCGCAAGCUGCUACUAAAUCGAUGCCAGAAGGAGUUUGAGAAGGAUAAAGAUGACGACGAGAUCUUUGAGAAGAAGCAGAAGGAGCUGGAGGCUGCCUCAGUGGCGGAGGAGAAGCAGCGGCUCAUCGAUGAGCUACAAGAGGCCAAAGACAAGGCCAGGAGGCGCUCACUGGGCAACAUCAAGUUCAUUGGCGAGCUGUUCAAGCUUAAAAUGCUCACAGAGGUCAUCAUGCAUGACUGCAUUGUAAAGCUGCUCAAAAACCACGAUGAAGAGUCCCUGGAGUGCCUGUGUAGGCUGUUGUCCACCAUCGGCAAGGACCUAGACUUCGAGAAGGCAAAGCCUCGCAUGGACCAGUACUUCAAUCAGAUGGAGAAAAUAAUAAAGGAGAGGAAGACCUCCUCCCGUAUCCGCUUCAUGCUGCAGGAUGUGCUGGACCUUCGACGGAACAACUGGGUGCCCCGGCGAGGCGACCAGGGCCCCAAGACCAUCGACCAGAUCCACAAAGACGCUGAGCUGGAGGAGCACAGGGAGCAAAUGAAGGUGCAGCAAGCCCUCAUCUCCAAGAAGGAGCCCAGUAGCGGCCCUGGAGGCAGGAUGGGUGGAGGAGGUCCCGGGGGUCGUGGGGGCCCUCACACCCCAGGCCGUGGAGCUCCUCCCCAGGACGAGGGAUGGAAUACAGUGCCCAUCUCCAAGAACCGACCUAUUGACACCUCUCGCCUUAGCAAAAUCACUAAGACUCCUGUUCUUGACUUCAACAAUCAGUUGCUCGCUCCAGGAGGUAAAGGCACAUGGGGGAGCUGGGGUAAGGGCAGCAGCGGUGGCACCAGUGCCAAACCUGCAGAUACUGGUGCAGAGCCAGGCGGCCGUCCAGCCACCAGCACACUGAACAGAUUCUCAGCCUUACAGCAGCCGUCGUCCUCUUCAGGCUCGUCCCUGGACUCAGACAGACGAGUUCCUCAGAGAAACAGCUCAAGUCGAGACCGCAGCGAUCGCUACGACCGCUCUGAUCGUGGCAGCGACCGAUUUGACAGGCGGGACGACCGGCGGGACGACCGUGACCGAAAUCGGCUGCAGGUCACCAAGCGCAGCUUCAGCCGGGAGAACGAAGAGCGGAGCCGGGAGAGAGAGCAGCGUGGGUCGGCUGAUCCUGUACGCCGAGUAGCGAGCAUGACGGAUGACAGAGGCAGCAGAGAGAGAGCCAGGAGCAAAGAGAAUGUGAAACGGGAGACAGCUGCCACCCCUCCACCUCCUCAGACCCCCACCAAGCCUGCCUUGACCGAGGAAGAGCUGAACAAGAAGUCCACAGCCAUCAUCGAGGAGUACCUCCAUAUAAAUGACAUGAAGGAGGCUCUCCAGUGUGUGCAGGAGUUGAGCAGCACUCAGCUACUGUACGUGUUCGUACGAAACGGACUGGAGUCGACGCUGGAGCGCAGCACCAUCGCCAGGGAGCACAUGGGCCUGCUUCUGCAGCAGCUCAUUAAGAACAACAUCCUCCCCACACAGCAGUACUUUAAUGGGCUUCAGGAAAUCCUGGAGGUGGCUGAAGACAUGGCGAUAGACAUCCCCCACAUCUGGCUGUACCUGGCAGAGCUGAUCACUCCCAUGCUCCAUGAGGGAGGCAUCCCUAUGGGAGAGCUUUUCAGGGAGAUUUCAAAGCCUUUAAUUCCUCUGGGAAAAGCUGGAGUGCUGCUGGUCCAGAUCCUCACUUUACUCUGCAAAGAAAUGAGCCAUAAAAAGGCGGGCACAAUGUGGAGGGAGGCUGGCCUCCGGUGGAAAGACUUCCUCCCAGAGGAUGUAGACGUCAACAAGUUUGUGACAGAAAAGAAUGUGGAGUUCACACUGGGCGACGAGUCAGAGGAGAGCAAAAAGAAGGAGCUGAGCUCUGCAGAGCUGACCAAACAGCUCGACAGACUGAUCCAUGAAAAGGCCGACAACCAGAGGAUCUUUGACUGGAUUGAGGCCAACCUCGACGAGCAGCAGAGCUCCUCCAACAUGUUCGUCAGAGCUCUGAUGACCUGCAUCUGCCAGUCAGCCGUCAUCUGUGAGAACCCCUACAAGGUGGACGGCGAGCAGAUCAAGCAGAGGGCCAAGGUGCUGCAGAAAUACCUAAAGGACGAACAGAAGGAGCUGCAGGCUCUGUAUGCCCUGCAGGCCCUGAUGGUGCAGAUGGAGCAACCUGCCAAUCUCCUGCGGAUGUUCUUUGACACCCUUUACGACGAGGACGUGAUCAAAGAGGAGGCCUUCUACAAGUGGGAGUCCAGCAAAGACCCCGCUGAGCAGCAGGGCAAGGGCGUGGCCCUCAAGUCCGUCACCGCCUUCUUCACUUGGCUCCGCGAGGCCGAGGACGAGUCGGACAACAGCUAGGGGCCCUUCGGACCGCUGGGAGAACUGGUGGGAGUUCAAAGAGGAUCCUUGAGGGGAGCGGACGUGCUGUGGAUGAUUCAGACGACCCUGAAUCUGCAAAAUCCUUCUGCAUAAACAGAAAAAAAGCAAGAAAAAAAUUCUUCAACUGGGAGAGAUUGUAUUAUGGAUCGAACGUUCGAUCGUGUUUUUUUUUUUUUUUUCUUUGUUUUGGGUUUCUUUUUUUUUUUUCCUUGCGCAACUGAAUGUCUUUUUUGAAUGAAAAAAAUGAAAAUACAGGAAUAAAUAGAGAGAAUAGAUAUGAGAUAAAGAGAAUGCUGAGAAGCGUUACAAGCCGUGGGAGAUGAUGCUGUUUCCUUAAGUAUUUUUUUUUUUUUAAUUUUUUUUUUUUUUUUUUUUUUUUUUGAGGUUUAUCUCCUGUUUUCAGAUGGCUUUUCCUCGCCACGGCAACACUAUUCAAGACACUUUGCUUAAUGACAGAUAUAAAAAAAGAAACUUUAAAAGGCUGUUCACAUUUAUAUUUUUGAAGACUUCAUCCUUUGUCAUGUGAACACGACACAGCAACAUUGUCAUGUCACAUGUACGGUGUUUGAUCUACAUGAGACGCUUAUGUAGACGGCUAGCGCUUUGUUUCUCUUUUUUUCCAGUGUUGGAUGGUUGGAGUGUGUGUUUUAUAAUAAAAUAGAAAACUACAAAGAAGAGCGGAGAGAGCUGUCUAACGGACACUUGAGACAGGAGUUAAAGUAACGGUUGUGGACUCCCGAGGAUUUCACGCAGACUUUAUGAGGACGGUGUCACUGAGGAGAGGGGGCGAUGAACAUUGACCAUUUUGCUGCUGGGGGGCGAUGACGCUUCCCUGACGCCCCUCGACCCCACCCUAAUCCCCCAUAUACCCUCCCAUGUGUCUGUUUUACUUGUUUCCUGCGCUUCAAAAAACAAACGGUGGACUGAGAGGGGAGAGCAGUGUGAGGGCUCACGUCUGCACCCUCCUACGAAACCUGUCGUCGGAUUUUAAAAAGAUAAAAUAACGUUAUCGAAACUUGAAAAAAGUAUACAGACAAAAAUCCACUUUAAUGAAAAAGGACUUUAAAAAAGUUUAACAGUACGAAUCCUAAGGCCUUUUCUGCUUCCAUGAGUGGAAAUGCAUUUCAGGAGAGUUCUGUAAAUAUAUAAAAUGUUUGUUUUCUGUUGUUGUUUUUUUUUUUUCUUUUUUUUUUU